AUGGAAGCCCUGACGCACCUGAGCAUCUUCACCCACAUUCCACGACUAUCGCCUCCGCCCAGCGCAGCCAAAAAUCGCCACCACAAACUCCAUGCCGCGUCCACUAGCCAUGGUGGCGCCACCAGUAGCAAAUGGGCUGACCGCCUCCUCGCCGACUUUCAAUUCCUCCCUUCAACCACCCCAGAGCAGCCUGACAUGCGCAUUUCGCCGCCGCCACCCCUUCCUUCCCUCCCCGAGCGCCACGUUUCAAUGCCACUGGAUUUCUACCGACUACUUGGUGCGGAGUCUCAUUUCCUCGGGGACGGCAUUCGGAGAGCUUAUGAUGCUAGGGUUUCAAAGCCCCCACAGUAUGGGUAUAGUGACGAGGCUUUGAUUAGUCGAAGGCAGAUUCUUCAGGCAGCUUGCGAAACCCUAGCUAACCCUAGUUCCAGAAGAGAGUACAAUCAAGGACUCGCCGAAGAUGAAUUUGAUACGAUUCUCACUCAAGUCCCGUGGGAUAAGGUUCCCGGAGCACUCUCUGUGUUGCAAGAGGCAGGGGAAACAGAAUUAGUUCUUCAGAUUGGAGAAAGUUUGUUAAAAGAGAGGUUGCCGAAGUCAUUCAAGCAAGAUGUGGUGCUGGCAAUGGCACUUGCUUAUGUUGACUUGUCAAGGGAUGCCAUGGCAUUGACACCUCCAGAUAUUAUUAGAGGCUGUGAAGUUCUUGAGAGGGCUCUCAAGCUGUUGCAGGAAGAAGGUGCAAGCAAUCUUGCACCGGAUUUACAAGCACAGAUUGAUGAAACUCUGGAAGAGAUCAACCCCCGCUGUGUUCUAGAGCUUCUAGCCUUACCUCUUGAUGAUGAAUUCCGUACAAAAAGGGCAGAGGGUCUUCAAGGUUUGCGCAAUAUUUUGUGGGCUGUUGGUGGAGGAGGUGCAGCUGCUGUCGGUGGAGGAUAUACACGCGAAAAUUUCAUGAAUGAGGCUUUCCUCCUCAUGACAGCUGCAGAACAAGUUGAUCUCUUUGCAUCCACACCAAGUAACAUACCGGCAGAAAGUUUUGAAGUCUAUGGAGUGGCUCUGGCACUUGUUUCUCAAGCCUUUGCUGGUAAGAAACCUCAUCUAAUCCAAGACGCGGACAACCUUUUCCAGCAACUUCAGCAGACCAAGGUUCCAGCUCUUGGUAGCUCCUCAUCCGUCUAUACAGUCAGAGAGAAUCGCGAAAUAGAUUUUGCUCUUGAAAGGGGCCUCUGUUCACUUCUUGUUGGAGAAGUUGACGAUUGUCGCACAUGGUUGGGUUUGGACGAUGUAAACUCACCUUAUAGGGAUCCAUCUAUUGUGACCUUUGUCAUAGAACAUUCUAAGGAUGACAAUGAAAACGAUCUCCUCCCUGGACUCUGCAAGCUGUUGGAGACAUGGUUGAUGGAGGUGGUAUUCCCAAGGUUCAGAGAGACCCAAGAAAUAAGGUUUAAGCUCAUAGAUUAUUAUGACGACCCUACAGUUUUGAGAUAUUUACAGAGACUAGAAGGUGUUGGCAGUUCACCUUUGGCUGCUGCAGCAGCUAUAGCAAGAAUUGGGGCUGAGGCUACGGCUGUGCUUGACAGUGUAAAAGUUAGUGCUAUUCAGGCACUGCAGAAAGUGUUUCCUCUUGGUCAUGGGGAAAAGAAUGCCAGACUCUAUGAGGAGAAUGGGAUGAAAAAUGAUGAGUUACCAAUUGUUGGUGCAGAACCUGGAGGCCAUGAUGAUCAAGAAGAUUAUUCUGCCUAUGCAAUAGACCUUCCUGAGAAGAAUGGUUCUGAUGAACUAAAGCAGCAAGAAAUUAUUACUGACAAGAUAAAAGAUGCUACUGUGAAGAUCACGUGUGCUGGUGUAGCUGUUGGUUUACUGACUUUGGUUGGGUUGAAGUUCAUCCCAUAUAGAUAUGACUCUUCUAUUCCACGUAAAGAAUCUGGAGCAGCUAUGGCUUCCGAUGUCGUCAAUGUGGAGGCCUCAGUAGCAGAAAAUCUAGACGAAAUACCUAGAAUGGAUGCAAGAUUUGCAGAAAUUAUUGUGCGCAAGUGGCAGGAUGUCAAAUCUCAGGCUCUGGGACCAGAUCAUUUUCUUGGAAAAUUGUCAGAGGUCCUGGAUGGUCAAAUGCUAAAAGUCUGGACAGAUCGAGCAGCAGAAAUUGCACAACAUGGCUGGUUCUGGGACUACGAACUUCUGAACCUUACGAUAGAGAGUGUAACUGUCUCAGCUGAUGGUCGACGUGCUAUUGUGGAAGCAACUCUCGAGGAAUCAGCUCGACUAACUGAUGUAGCUCAUCCCGAGCAUGACGAUUCUUACAGUACAACCUACACAACACGGUAUGAGAUGUCAUGUGGGAAAUCAGGUUGGAAAAUCGUUGAAGGAGCUGUUCUCAAAUCGUAA